AUGUCAGACGCGGCCGUGGACACCAGCUCCGAGGUCACCACCACGGACUUAAAGGAGAAGAAGGCAGUUGUGGAGGAGGCGGAGAAUGGAAGAGACGCCCCUGCUGACGGGAACGCUAAUGAGGAAAAUGGGGAGCAGGAGGCUGACAAUGAGGUAGAUGAAGAAGAGGAAGAAGGGGGAGAGGAGGAAGAGGAAGGCGACGGUGAGGAAGAGGAUGGAGAUGAAGAUGAGGAGGCUGAGGCAGCUGAAGAUGAUGAGGACGACGACGUCGACACCAAGAAGCAAAAGACCGACGAGGAUGACUAGCCAGCAAAAAAAGGAAAAGUUAAACUUAACAAAACAAAAAAAGGCCACCGUGACCUAUUCACCCUCCACUUCCCGUCUCAGAAUCUAAACGUGGUCACCUUCGAGUAGAGAGUCCCGCCCCCCGCGGGCAGCGCCACCCGCAGAUGACACACGCUCUCCGUCACCCAACCAAAACCACAACGUGAAUUUGCAACAGGGGAGGAAAAAAGAACCAAAACUUCCAAGGCCCUGCUUUUUUUCUUAAAAGUACUUUAAAAAGGAAAAUUUGUUUGUAUUUUUCAUUUACAUUUUAUAUUUUUGUACAUAUUGUUAGGGGUCAGCCAUUUUUAAUGAUCUCGGAUGACCACACCAGCCUUCGGAGCGUUCUGUCCUACUUCUGACUUGACUUGUCGUGUGACCAUGUUCAUUAUAAUCUCAAAGGAGAAAAAAAAACCUUGUAAAAAAAGCAAAAACAACAACAAAAAAACAAUCUUCUUCCGAGCAUUCCAGUAACUUUUUUUGUGUAUGUACUUAGCUGUACUAUAAGUAGUUGGUUUGUAUGAGAUGGUUAAAAAGGCCAAAGAUAAAAGGUUUCUUUUUUUCCUUUUUUGUCUAUGAAGUUGCUGUUUAUUUUUUUUGGCCUGUUUGAUGUAUGUGUGAAACAAUGUUGUCCAACAAUAAACCGGAAUUUUA